GCCUGCCCGCCAUGGCGGCCGCCGCGCCGUCCAAGGCCGAGUACCUGCGGCGCUACCUGAGCGGGCCGCCCGCCGCCCAGCCCGCCCAGCCCCGCCGCCGCCGCAGGAAGAAGCCGCCGGGAGGCGCCGGUAGAAACGGGAUACGGAUCGUGGAUGACGAUGUCAGCUGGAACAGCAUCGCCGCUGCCCAGGAGAAGGAGGAGGAGGAGGACGAAGGUGACAUGCCCGUGGUGGCAGAAUUCAUCGAUGAGCGGCCGGACGAGGUGAAGCUGAUGGAGGAAUUCAGGACAAAUGCUAAAUGGAAGCUGUUAGGAGACCAGAAUGAAGACUCCCAAAGUUCAGAUGUUUCAGUACCUGCCACGUCUACCCUGAGGCGGCAGCGCCACGACUCCCCGGACAGCUCCCCGCCCCGGAGGCGGCGCCACGACUCCCCGGAUCUGUCCCCUCCCAGGAGGGAGGGAAACGUUUCCCCCAACCUCCUGCCUCCCAGGAGGCAGCGCCACGACUCCCCGGACCUCUCCCCGCCGAGAAGGAAGCGCAGCGGCUCCCUGGAUCUCUCUCCUCCCAGGCGGCAGCGCCACGACUCUCCUGAUGUCUCUCCAAAAAGAGCCAGUUCAGCAGCGGGGAAAAAGGGCUGGAGAAGCACAGAGCAGUGUCAGCCCGGGGGUGCCCCGGGGGAGCAGUCCCAGCUCCGACACGGCGGCUCCGACAGGUCCUCGUCGCGCCAGAAGCGCCUGCCCACUCCUGACCUGUCUCCUCCGCGGAAGAAGAGGCAGGAUUCCCACCCGGAUCUGUCGCCACCUUCGAGGAAGAGGGCAGGGUCACCUGGAGUGAAAAGGCAGAGCAGAACAAAAGGUGCUUCUCCAGCCACGAGGAAGCUGAGACCAGUGUCCUCCCCUCAGAGGUGCCUGAGGCGCGACUCCCGCUCUCCGUCCCCACGGAGGGGUUCCCGGGUGGCCUGGGAUGCAGCCCAAGGGCCAGGCCAUGGACACAGUGAUUCCCCAAAGCCUGCUCCUCUCAAAGGGAAUCGCAGCAGGUCUCCAGACUCCGACCUGUCCCCUCCACGGCGGGCUCUGCCAGCUGGCAAGGAGCAGCACAGCUCCAGGAGCCCCCCUGACCUCUCUCCUCCUCGGCACCGGGAUGCUAAGGGAUCUCCCAAGAAGGCAAGUGUGAUGUUCUCGGGGGUUAAAGCUGGCCUGGUGUCAGCUGAUGUGCUGCGGAGGGAACAGCAGGAGCUCAGGAGGCAGGAGAGAAAUAACAAGCACUUGGAAGAGGAAUCCCGACACUCCGAGACCGUCUUCCGAGACAAGUCGGGCCGCAAGCGGGACCUGGCGCAGGAGCGGCUGGAGCAGAGGCAGAAAGAAGAGGCCAAGUCUGAGAGGGAUGAGCAAUAUGCCAAGUGGGGAAAGGGGCUGGCGCAGGGGAGGCAGCAGCAGCAGAAUGUGGAAGAUGCAAUUAAAGAGAUGCAGAAGCCCCUGGCUCGUUACAUUGAUGACCAGGACCUGGAUCGAAUGCUGAGAGAACAAGAGAGAGAAGGAGACCCCAUGGCUGACUUCAUCAAGAAAAGGAAGGCCAAAGAGAACAAAGAAAAGAAAGAAAAACCCAGGUACAAUGGACCAGCACCUCCCCUCAACAGGUUUAAUAUAUGGCCUGGGCAUCGCUGGGAUGGCGUGGACAGGUCCAACGGAUUCGAGCAGCAGCACUUUGCCAGGAUAGCCAACAGGAAGGCAGUUCAGGAGAUGGCCUACAAGUGGAGCGUUGAGGACAUGUAGAGAAGAUGCGACUCCUGCGUCGUUGCUGCAGAGGUUCAGCUGUUGCCAGAGCUGGUGCAGCAGAGCUGCUGAGAGAGGGCUUCCCUGUCAGCCAGACAGGACGAGCACACAACUGCCCUGGUGCCCCAUGGAGCAGAGUCAUGGCUGAGCCUGGAGCACAGUAGGGUGGCUGCUGCCAACUGGGGUUCCUCAGCUGCCCCACCUGGUGCUGAUGAUACGCUGGAUUCUGGUCCAUUUGUUUUCUAACAAACUGUAGAAAAUACAUGCUUACUUGUUUUAUGCCAAAUGUUUUGUCCUCUGAGGGCGGUUCACAAGUCUUCAGGUGUCUUAAAUCUCAGGUUUUUCUUCGUGGUAGAAGUAUGCUGAGCACUGGGGUGCUGGAGAGCUCCCCUGCUCCGGGAGGUUUGUCCGCUCCAGAACUGACCUGCAGUUUCAGUUGUGUUUAAGUUCUUCCAGAGAGCAACAAUCCCCUGAAACCACUCAGUGCUGGGAGCUGAUCUGCCUGCAGGCUGAUGCUGGGCCCUCCCUGUCUCCUUCCCAGUGCACCCAAAGGGUUGCUGUGAAGCUGGUGGUGUGAUCCUGCCCUCUGGUUGAUGUAAGCACUUGGUGAAGCUCAGCUCCUAGCCCAGGCUGUGUGGGAGACUGUGUGUCCAUCCGUGUGCUCCUACAGGAGGCUGAGGGACCAGCCUGCUGUGCUGUGUUUGACAGCAAGCCCUUCAGGAGCCCCUGCGACUCUCCAGGGGUCAGUUUCUUGUGGCAGUAAACACAUGGAAGGUGUUUAAAUUGCCUGUCCUCACCGUUUGGUGGGAUCUUGUUCCCCUGAGGCAGCCGUGCUGGGGACUGGCUCCGCUUUGCUGAGAGCUGUCAGGCUGGGGGCUGGAGGCCAGGCAGAGAGCUUCCCUUAAUCCCUGUGUGCGAGAAAGCACUUGUGGAAAUAAAUACAGUUGUUCUCCUUGAUGUCCCGGGGAGCAGGUAUGGAAUGCAGGCAGCAGUUUCCAUGGAGAUGUGUCUUUAGUGGUGGUCGGGGCCCUCGCUCUGUGCCGUGACUCAGGCUGUGAGUGAGAAGGGGAAUGACAGAGUCUCCUCUGGAGUGGGAGAACCAUGGGACUCUUCCUGGUGUUUUUAUUCACUGUGUUACAUUUCCAGCAGUCCUGGGACCUGUGUGUACAUGUGUAAAUAACAGCUUUUCUUGUUUUUUACCGGA